AUGGAAGCUUCAUUUAAAACGAUUUGGAAAUUUAACAAGACCGACUAUGUUGAAAAAUCACCCUCUAGAAAAGAUGGUUUUACUUAUGAAAAAGAAAACCGUAUAAGAGUGAAAACAACGCAAUUCAUUAUUCAAGUUUGUUACCAUCUGAAGCUUCCUCAAAUCACUGUAUCUACGGCUAUAACCUACUUUCAGCGAUUCUACAUGUUAAACAGUUUAGCAAAGUUUGAUAGCAAGGCAGUGGCAGGUGUUUGUGUAUUUUUGGCAUGUAAAGCAGAAGAAUCGAUCAGGAAAAUGCUUGAUGUUGCAAUAUCGUGUGCAAGGGUUUACUACGGAGACCCUAACAGAUUAGAGAAAGUGGAAUAUGAAUUUUGGAGAUCAAUAAUAAAAAUAUUGGAACCAGUUGUGUGUACAUCAUUAUGUUAUGAUUAUUCAGUUGAACAUCCUUAUCGUGUUUAUAUAAAGUAUAUGAAAGUAUUGAAAGGUUAUAGUCAAGAUGUUAUAAGAAAAUUGGCAGAAGGAGGAUGGUCGAUAAUAAAUGAAACCUAUAAGACACCAUUAUCUCUUUUUUAUAGUCCAACAAUCAUAGCAAGGUCAGUUUGGUGGUUAUUGUCUCAUAGAAAUAAUGAAGCCACAACCGAAUGUGUCAAUGAUCUUCUCGAUCUUUAUAAUUUUUCAGAUAUUCAAAAUUCAAUAUCAACCACUAAUAAUUCAUCAUCAACAUCAUUAAAAAAAGAUAAAAAUUCCAGUUAUGUGAGUAAUAAAUAUAGUACGCCUGAUUUCAAUAAUGUUGAUUCUUGUGAUGUGAGAUUUGAGUCAAUAGCAGAAAAACUAGAGCCUGAUUUAGAGCCACCGCGUGGUUUGCUUGAUAAAAAUGAUGAUGUUGUUGUUGAAGAUGAUGAAGAGGAUGAAGAUGGACAAAUUUUUGAAGAUGAUGAUGAAUAUGAUGGUGAAGGUGUAAUAAACGAUCAGAUGGAAGAAAUUAGUAAUGAAGGAUUAGAUGAUGGUGAAGAAUAUAUCGGAGUUAAUGAUUAUGAGAUUGGAGUUAACAAAAAUAUUCGUGAUAAUGAAAAUGUAAAAGGUGAUAAUAAUGGUGAUGGUGAAAUAGAACAAUUUGAUGGUGCAAAGGUGUUUGUAGGGAUAUCAAAUUGCUCCCGAUUACUAGCCUUAGUUUUAAGUGAUGGUUUAGGUAUAACUCGUCAAGACGAGACUACGGUUAUAUUGGAUACUUUUACUCGAUUUAAUACAAUUGAGAAUUAA